AUGGAGCAGCUGCCGAAGAAUCUUUUACCCGAUGAGGCGAGCCAGGAGUGGUUGAAUAAGGGAGACAACGCAUGGCAACUCACGGCGGCCACACUAGUCGGCCUGCAAAGCAUUCCAGGCCUAGUCAUCCUCUACGGCAGCAUGGUAAAGAAGAAAUGGGCGAUAAAUGCAGCUUUCAUGGCCUUCUACGCCUUCGCAAUGGUCAUUGUCUGCUGGGUGGGAUGGGGUUUCCGCAUGUCGUUUGGCGAUAAGCUCGUGGCUUUUCUAGGAAAACCUGCGGUUGCAUUGGACGAGAAGUUCCUGCUAGGGCAAGCGUUUCUAGGAUACUUUCCGACGGCGACAAUGGUGCUCUUCCAGGGCGUAUUUGCUUGCAUUACAUUGAUUUUGAUCGCCGGGGCGCUGCUGGGGAGAAUGAACUUUCGUGCGUGGAUACUGUUUGUGCCAUUAUGGCUUACGUGUUCGUAUACGAUUGCGGCGUUUAGCAUUUGGUGCCCUGAUGGGUGGCUGGCGAAACUUGGAGUUAUUGAUUUUGCUGGUGGAUAUGUUAUUCAUGUUUCGUCUGGUGUCGCUGGUUUCACUGCAUCUUAUUGGGUGGGGCCGAGAGCCGACAAGGAUCGAGAGAUGUUCCCGCCAAACAACAUUAUUAUGAUGCUUGCAGGUGCAGGCUUACUUUGGAUGGGGUGGAGUGGAUUUAACGGUGGAGCACCUUUUGCUGUCAGUGCAGAUGCAUCUCUGGCCGUUCUUAACACCCACGUAUGCACUGCUUCUAGCCUGCUGACGUGGCUCCUCCUUGAUUAUUUCUUCUUUGGAAAGCCUUCUGUCAUUGGUGCUGUUCAGGGCAUGAUCACUGGUCUCGUUUGCAUUACUCCUGCUGCAGGAGUUGUACAAGGUUGGGCGGCAAUUCUAAUGGGAAUAAUCUCAGGAAGUGUACCAUGGUACACUAUGAUGGUGCUACAUAACAAGCUUAAACUUUUACAACUCGUCGAUGAUCCGAUGGCCCUCAUCCAUACUCACGCCCUCUCCGGAACCCUAGGCGGCAUCCUGACCGGGUUUUUUGCCGUACCCAAAUUAUGUCGCCUCUUCUACAUGGUGCCCGAUUGGGAGAAGUACAUUGGGCUAGCAUACGGACUUCAAAACGGUAGAACUUCAGCAGGAUUCAAGCAAAUGGGAAUUCAAGUAGCGGGGCUUGCGUUUGUAAUAUGCUUGAACAUUUCUACGACGAGCCUUAUUUGUUGGUUGAUCGGGGCAAUAGUGCCGCUUAGAAUGACCGAGGAGGAACUACAAAUUGGCGAUGAGGCCGUGCAUGGGGAAGAAGCUUUUGCGUUGUUUGGUGAUGGGAUGAGAUUUCAGAAUUCUAAGAACAAUUCUAUUUAUGAUGCGGAUGAGUUUUCAUAUGCCACUUCAAAGUCUCUUGGUGAUGUUCAGAUGGUUUAA